UUAACAUUUUUUACACGUAUGCGCACACACGCUCAAAAAGUUCGCAGGCGCGUGAAAAAAUUAAAUUUAAUAAAAUAUUCGCAUUUAAAUCGAUGCCCAAGCAAUCAAAACACAAUAAAGUGUAACAAUAAAUAUUUUCCUACAGCUAGGCAAUCGUUUUGAUUUGGCUAUCAAGAGAUUUCGAGUCGAAAAUUGCUUUUGAAAGUGUGAUUACGGUGCAAAGAAAAAAUUUUCUGCAAAAAAAUUCCCAGAUCAAAUAACAAAAGUCGGGCGGCGAAUAUAAAUAUACAUACACUCACUCACUCACUCGCUCGCUCCACAAGCAACUGCACAAUAACAAGACGAAGAAGUAGAAGUGGAAUAGGAAGAGCAACAAUAGCUAAUACAACGGCAACGGCUGCAAAUUGGACAUGUCAUGUCAGCAAGCGUCAAGAUUCAUUACAGCAGCAGCAGCGACAGCAACAGUAGCAACAGCCAAAAGCACACUACCAACACCAACAACAGCAGCAGCAGCCACAACAGCAAAACGCACAUCGACGCCAACAGCAGCUAAAACAACGCCUAUUUCAGUGAUUGUGGAGCAUAGCAUUGGUGUAGCUGCCGCCAAAACGAACCCGCCUGAGGAUCCCUAUGUAUUCACGGAGACUAUUGCAGCGACACCACCAAUUUUAUUUAAUGCACAGAAAUCGCGAGCCCGCCUAAGCGAAGCGCAGCACGGCAGAAAUUGCAACAACAAUAGCAAGCAGAGAGUUGCAAACAAAAAAGCGAGCAUUGUUGCUGCAACAACAGUGCCCAUUGCGCAGUUGAAUGGCACUGCAACAGCAACAGCAGCAGCGGCAGCAACUGUAGCAACAGCGCGAGCAGCAGCAGCAGCAGUAACAACAAAGGCGCAGGCGUCUUUGGGUGCAGCAGCAGCAGCAGCAGCAACAACGAAUUUCAAUAAUGUCACACAAUCUCAAAGGCAGCCAACGUCACAGUCGCAGCUGCAAUUGCAGUCGCCGCUGCAGUUGCAGUCGCAAGCGUCGCCGAAACGGGCUACCAACGUUUGUGUGGUACGUCCACAGCAGCAACUACAGCAGCAGCAGCAACAACAACAGCAACUGCAACAACUGAAGCAACAGCAAACGAAAUUGAUUACAAAGCAGCCAGCACCACAUCCGCCACCACCGCCACCGCCGCUAUAUACGCACACGCCUUCACUGUGGCAAACACCGCUCAUAUUGGACACCACACAGAAGCAGCAGCAGCAACAACAGCAGCAGCAGCAGCAGCAGUCCAGCAUUGUCGUUGCCACAGCACUGGUCAGCCCGCCCACAUCGCCCGCCUCGUUACCCUCACCCACGGCCAAUGCACCGCCGACAGCAGCUGUAACCGCCAUGGUGUCGCCCAUUGUGGUGCCCCUAUCAGCAGCGUCUGCUGCGAUGUCACCGCCAAAAGGCGGCUCAUUGCCGCCGUCCAAGUUUCAUCACACGACACUGGCGCAGCACUUGCAGAAGGUGGAAUGUUUGAAGAAAAAGAAAUCCUUGCCACUGAGCUGUCAGAACUCCAACAACAAUAACAACGGCAUUGUUGACACGCUGCACAAGGCGACAACGCCGUUUGGCGUCUACAAUCUGACGCAUCCACCGCCGCUAACGGUUUUCAAUACUGCAGCUACAGCCGCAGCAGCGACACCUGCAACGGUUGCUGCAACAACAAAGAAACAUUCCGCCGAUGCUACCGAUGACAACAACGAUCUCAACGAGAUUCCCGUCAAUGUCAUCUUUCGGAAGCCACCCGAACUUUUAGGUGGUGCUGGAGCUGCCGCACAAACACCGCCACGCCAAGCGGUCGCAAUUGGCCAGCAGUCGGCAGUAAUGAAGCUGGGUGCUGUGGCGCCAUUAACGCCGCCAACGCCGCCCACACCACCGUCAACGCCACAGCUGAUCAAUGUAUGUACGCCGCCAACAACAGCAACAGCAUCAACAGCAGUGGCAAUGGCAACAGUUAUCGCACCCGCCCUCACAACUGGAGUAGCAGCAGCAACAGUGUCAGCAACAGCACCUCUAGCCAGCAUUCAAUAUGAACAAAAGUCUUCCAAAGUGGCCAAUUCUGCUGUCAGUCAAGCUGCGGCGCCGAAACGCAAAGCGCUGGCAGCAGCUGGUACUGGCUGCAGAAAAGGCAACAAAACCAAUAAUAAACACGCUGCUCUGGACACUACGAAGCCGCCGCCGCCGCCUCCACCGCCGACAGCAAUAGUUGAGCAGGCAGCACAUACAGCAGCUGCUGCAGUAGUUCCGGCGUUGGAGCCAACAUCAAUAAGCGCUGCAUCGCGGCGCCGUAAAGUGCCGCCAGCGACCAAGCGAAAUGCUGUGUUGCUGAGCGAGAAUGAACCUUUGGAGAUAGAUGUUCCAUACUGCUUGCAAGCGCGUUGGUUGGACUCUGGCAAAUAUCUGGCCCAGGAGUCGCCGUCCGUGUUGAGCAAUCGCGAGGAGCGCAUUGCUCUACACAAGGGUGCGCUACGCCGUCAUGCGUUGCAGUUGCUUUCAACGCGUACGCUUCAGGAGUUGCCAAUGCGUGCGGCACGUCAGCGACUGCAAUGUGUCCACAGUCUAUUGCUUAAGUACGGGGAUCAUGCGAGCCAGGAGCAGGGCAUUGGCGUUGGAAAUCGCUGCCUGGUGGCCGCUUGCAAGCAACCUACGCUUAGCAUGGCUGCCCACUGCGAGCGGCACAUUGUCAACAACACGACACAGCAGUUGUUCCAGCCGUGUGUCGCUUGGCGUGUAGAUGGGGUCGCCUGUCAAGCGCCCGUGUUCGAUGUGCUGCACUCACUGGCUUUGUGCCCGGUUCAUAGCCAUCUUCGACAUGGCAUUGAGGUGCAGUCCAAGCCUCAGCAAACGCAGCAACGAGCAAAGGUGUUGCAGCAGCUGUCCAAGCCGGCACCCACACCUGCUGUGCCGGGUCCCGUGCCAGCAGCAGUGGUGACUGCUAAUGCAUCAGUGGCUAAUAAACGCAAGCGCAAAACGAAUCCAAAUGCUAAUCCGGUUGGCCGUCCGCAGAAGCGUGCCAAAAAGCCAGAUGCAUACGCUAGCACUAUCUUACCUGUAUUACCACCGGUGUCAGCGGUGCUGCAGCGUAAGAGCAGCACCACCUCGCUGGAGUCCAUUGCGAGCAACUCGCAGUCGUCGGCUAAGUCACACUCGGCACUACCGCCCUACACACCUGCAGCGCCUGUGCUGACGAUGCCGCAGCUGUCCAUAACGCCUCCGGCGCUGGCGCCGCUCAGCGAUUACCAGCAGCAACAGCAUCAGCAGCUGAUGUUGCCUAAGAUUGAGGCCGAGCAGACGCAGCAGUUAGAUGCGAAUUUGCUGGCCAAUGCUAAUUUCAAGGCCGAUGAGAUUAGCCAAAUUGUGGCACAGCUGGCGGCUGCCAGUAGCGAGUUGCAUCAUAACAACAAUAACAACUUGCACUUCAAUAAUAACAACAACAUCAACAGCAGCAGCAUAAACUAUUGCAGCAACAACAACAGCAACAGCGGUAGCAGCAGCAUUAGCUGCGGCUUUCCCUCAUUCAACGCAGCUUUUGGCAAUGCCAUGAGCGGCCAGGGCCAGCAGAUGGCUUCACAUCAUGUCAACACAUCGAUGGCUAGCACGGAAAAUAUGCUGAGUCAUCAUAUGUUUGGCAUAUGCGAGAAUAGUUCGGCCUAUGCCAGCUCCGAAGAUACGGGCCUGGGCGGUCUGAGUGAGUCGGAGCUGAUAGGCGCUAAUGAUGCUGAUGAUAUAGCAUUGAAUGGCGCCCAUCUGCUGGAGGAGCACGAUUUGGUAAAUGUGUUUGAUACGCUGCCGGACGAUGCGUUCAACGAGUUAUUUCAAUCUGUGCAUCAAGCCGAGUGCGAGGCCGUGGAUCGUGCGCUCGAGAUUGCCGAUAAGAACCUCAAGUGUCUCCAGCAGACAAUCGGCAAUACUGCGCACGACAGCGCCUUCCUUAACGAUUUCCUCGACGUGGGCGAUGAUCUGCUUGUGAACGCUGUAAUGAACUCGCCGAACACAUCCGGCAUCGAUGCAUCAACGCUCUUUGUCGAUAGCAGCGGCGGCGGAAAUAGUAGCAGCAACGGUGCGGCCGGUUCCAGCUCAAACAGCUGCACGCCGGCGGCCUCCGUCGCGGAUAUACGUGGCUUGGUGCAGACAUAAAUAGGCCUAAGCCGCACUUGUAUACGCUUCUAACGAGUCUGCGUAGCAUGUCGUUUUUUUUCCAAAAGUUCUUUCGACAAAAAUCUUAGAUCUUAAAAGAAAAAUGAUAAGAAAACAGAUUGAAAGAAAAAUCGAACUUAAUUUCUCAACGAACGUUGAUAACAACUUUUAUGUUUUCUAUAUUUGCCAAAAUUUCCUUGUUUGGCCAUCGGAGAUGCUUUGCAUAUUCACUCUACUCCAAUUUCUUGUCUAGAAUACAUUUCUAUAUAUGUUUGUAUGUAUAGUAUGCUAU